AUGGCCAAUGGAUGGAGCAUCUUCAUCGGACUGGCCGUCAUCGUCACCAUGUCGGCGGCGGCGUGGUUCUUUUCGCCCAAGGGGGAGAACCAAGUCCUCUGGCGAUCGUCGCUCAUCCUGACCUUUGUCAGCUGCUACCUCAUGUGGGCCAUCACGCUGCUGGCGCAACUGCACCCCAUGAUUGAGCCGAGGCGGUCCGACAUUCGCGAGAAUUAUUUGCAUCACUGA